AUGGCUGCGAUGGCUGCGAUGGCCCCCAUGCAAAGCCUUCAGUUGGAGCCACUUCCGCGCAAGCCGGAAGAAGAGCCGAUCGACGGCCCCUCGGGCCACUUGCCGGAUGGCAGUCCGGAUGGCGUGGAGCACUUGCCGGAUGGCAGUCCGGAUGGCAUGGAGCAGUUUCAGCGGAGUGGGGCCAGAAGGUACCAAAGUCACCGAAACCCGAUGCCGACUGUGCCAAGAUCUUGGGAAGCCAUGAACAUCCACACUCUGGCUCGAGCGGAGCCCGAGCAAGCUGCAGAGCCAGGGCAGCCAGAUCUGAGGGCGGCUUCGGCUCCGCCAAUCCUUCCCAAUGCUCCUCCCAAGAUUCUCUGCCGAGUCUGCAGAAAGGCCGCCUUGGGCAUCAGGAUGCGCACCUGCCGAGCAGAAGGUUGA